AAAAAGAUGUGGAUUUCCAAGGGAAUUGAACCCGACGUGAAUCGAACACGCAACCUUCUGAUCUGGAGUCAGACGCGCUACCAUUGCGCCACGGAUCCACAUGAUGUUAUCCGUACAACACAAACUUAAUUAUCUGCGCAUAAAACUUCCAUAUACAAAACACAAUAAAAAAAACACAAACCGCGAAGAACACAUUGUUUCAAAUUCAAAUCACAACAACAUUGUUCACUGCAAACAAAAAUGAACACAAAAAAUAGCUCAUCGAAAUCGAAGAUACUGUCAAUUCCAAUCGGUGAUGCAAUUUCCAGAAUUCAAUUUGGGCCUAAUUCUAACAACCUUCUCAUUUCAUCUUGGGACACUAAUCUUCGUUUGUACGAUUUCGACGCUUCUGUGGUUAGAUUAGAAGCUAAUUCAGAAGCUUCUCUUCUUGAUUGUUGUUUCUCUGAGGAUGAUUCCGUUGCUUUCUCUGUUGCUUCUGAUGGAUUCAUUCGAAGGUAUGACUUGCAUUCUGGAAUUGUUGACCCAAUGGGUAGUCACGAUGACAUGGCAACAUGUAUUGGAUAUUCCAAUGAAACAUGUCUGCUAAUUACUUCUGGAUUUGACAAGAAGUUAUUAUCAUGGGACAUUCGUACAAAGAAAGCUUUUUCGUUGUCGAUGAGUCUAGAUGCAGAGAUUGACUCCAUGUCUGUCUCGGGGUUUAUGGUUACUGUAGGCAUUGGAGCAUCUGUCCAUGUUUAUGAUUUACGUAACUUCGACAAACCAAAUCUGUCAAUGGAGCCUUGCAAUGGUACACAAUUAAGAUGUGUCAGUUCAAUUCCGUAUGCAGAAGGAUUUGCAGUUGGAUCAGUGGAUGGACGGGUUGCGUUGCAGGUUUCUAAUUCAUCAAAUUCGAAUGACAUUGGAUAUACGUUCCGGUGUCAUCCAAAAUCAAAGGAUGGUCAGCAUCAUUUGGCAUCUGUGAACAACAUUGCAUUUAGUCCACUUAUGUCUGGUGCAUUUGUCACUGGUGAUGAUGAAGGUUAUGCUACCAUAUGGGAUGCUCGAAGUAGGAAAAGACUAAUUGAGUUUCCCAGGUACUCAAAUAGUGUUGCAUCCUUGUCUUACAACCAUUCGGGACAGCUUCUAGCUGUAGCAUCAAGUUAUACUUUCCAAGAAGCAAAAGAAAUUGAUUGCAUCGCUUGCUCUUUGCUACUUACAGAGUUGAGCCUCCUCAAGUGUUUAUACAUAAAGUGGACAACAUUGAUAUCGGAUCAAGUUCUGCUCGAAGGAAAACUUAAACAUUGGUGAUAUGCUUGACAAAGUUUCUUCUUUUUAUGGGUGAAGAUUUGAUGAAGACUUCAAGGAAGCAUCUAGAGGUGACUAUAGUAUGACUUUAAAAGAUUGGAAGGACCUUUGACAAGGUUUAGGAAAAAGAAGGCUUGAAGAGAAGGCUUCAAUUAUUUUAUGUGUACAAUAUCUUGUAGGCAAAAUGAAAAUGAAAAUUCGUUUUAAUAUAAUUAAAUAUAAGAAUGGUAUAGAAUUAACAGAUUGGAUGAUGGGUAUGUACCUAACAAAACUCUAGGGUAUGAGAGUAUUCACCUUGUUUGUUUUUAGUUGAUGGCAUGUUUACUUAAUUUAGGAAUAUGAUACAAGUCCAUGUGUGUACCUAUUAAUUGGAGCCUUAGCCCAUUUGAGGAAAUAUAGAAGAAUUGUAAGUUUUGUUACUCCA